AUGGUGGAAGGACAGAUAUUUCGGGUGCCUUUGGAGGAAUUGGCUAAUGUUAAAUCUAAAGAGGGAAAGAUACUCACUAAACCCUUCUUGAAUGUAUGCAAGAGUGUCUUACCGGUUUUAGACAUGUUAGGGGGAGCAUUUUCAUUUGUAAAAUCUGAUGUUGGUGGUAACAUAUUGAGAUUGGAGUCUAGGUAUGAGUCCAACCCUUGUGAAUACAAACUUCUAUACAGAGUAGUGGAGAAAGAAAUUGAAGAUAAAACACACAAGUCUUCAUCAAGCUGCACUAAUGCCCUACUAUGGUUGACAAGGGGAAUGGAUUACAGUGUAAAAAUGUUCAGCAACUUAGAGGAACAUAAGAAUUGGAGCAUGCAAGAAGCUUGCAAUGAUUCAUACAACAAGACACUCAAAAGCUGGCAUGGCUGGUUAGCUAUUAAGACUUUCCAUGUUGCAAUGAAGCUUCUUCCAGAUAGAGAAAAAUUUAUGCAAGUGCUUUGUUGCGGAGGAGAAUUUGGACCUGAAAUGAAAAAAUUUUGUACCGAUUUCUCUUCAGUGCUUGAAGAGAAUCACAAAUUUCUGGCUAGUAUUGGAAUGGAUAAUUUAAAAGCUUAA